AUGGGGUCUCUGUGGUCGCAAUUUUCCACGCCGAAUCCCAUGUUUACGGAGGACGAUGUGGCACCCCAGGAUAGCAAGGUGUUCAGGAUCACAGGUGGCUACUCAGGCAUCGGAUUUGAGCUCGCCAAGAUGCUGUACCGAAAGAAAGGUCGCGUAUACAUCGCCGGCCGCUCAGACCAGAAGGGCCAGCAAGGAAUCAAAGACAUCCAGCAUUCCGCGUCGGCGGAGGCGUUCAAACCCAAGGAGGCGAAGCUGCACGUGCUUUGGAACAACGUCGGCGUAUGCCAGCCCCCGGUUGGCAGCGCGUCGAAACAAGUUAUUGAGCUGCAGCUGGCGACCAACUGCCUCGGACCAUUCUUGUUCAUCCGAUAUCAGCUUCUGGAUCAUGCCCACUGA